UAUGUUACAUAAUGACACUGCGUCACUACCACGCAAAUAGUUCAAAAAUAGCAACACCUCCAACUCUAGAUCUAUUUGAGAAUAAGCACCUUCAAGGUCUUCUAUCUGAAACUAAAGAGCUCUUAUUCUCACUGUCUUCAUCUCGCUCAAUCAUGCAGUCCCAGAGAUGGAUUGUCAUGGGCAUAAUAUGUGCCACUUUCAUUCACUUUCUUAUGCCAGUGGAACCUUUUCCCAUAGCUGAUAAAAUCACGAGUCUGCCAGGGCAACCACAAGUCAGUUUCCAACAAUUUGCAGGAUACAUCACAGUUGAUGAAAAGCAAAACAGAGCUCUUUUUUAUUACUUUGUUGAAGCUGAAUCACAGCCAGCUUCAAAGCCUCUUGUUCUCUGGCUAAAUGGAGGGCCUGGUUGUUCAUCUGUUGGAGCAGGAGCUUUGCUUGAGCAUGGUCCCUUUAAAGUGAGGGGAGACAAUCUGGUCAGGAAUGAGUACAACUGGAAUAAAGAAGCAAAUAUGUUGUAUUUGGAGUCACCGGCAGGAGUUGGUUUCUCUUACUCGGCUAAUAAAUCAUUCUACACCUAUGUGAAUGAUGAGAUAACAGCACGAGACAAUCUUAUAUUUCUGCAACGCUGGUUUGUCAAAUAUCCAAAGUAUCGGGCAAAAGAAUUUUUUAUCACAGGAGAGAGCUAUGCAGGUCACUAUGUACCCCAACUUGCCCAGCUAAUUGUUCAGUCCAAUUUAAAGAUCAAUUUGAAGGGGAUAGCUGUGGGGAAUGCUCUUCUGGAUUUCACCAUUGAUUUCGACUCGCGAGACGAGUAUUACUGGUCUCAUGGAUUGAUAUCAGAUGACAAUUAUCAAUUUCUCACUAAAUCUUGUAAUGGUUCAGCCGAGAUCAUAAGAAAAGCCAUGAACCAAGAAGCUGAUACUAAAUGUCUUGUUGUAUAUGCCCGAGUCAAACAACUUACUAACACCAUCGACCAAUACGAUGUCACCGCUGACGUUUGUCUAUCACCUGUUAAGUCACAAAUGGACAUGCUAUAUGAACCCCUCUUAUCUAAAUUUCAAACUUUGUUACCUCUCCAUUCAAAACCAAAUGCUCUCAACCAGCAGGAAGCUGAUAAGAAGGAACUUGUCUGUGGAGAAGGUAUCACAGAAAAGUAUUUAAACAGGAAAGACGUGCAGAAGGCUCUCCAUGCCCAACUCGUUGGAAUUAAUGAAUGGGGUCUCUGCCGAGACUCCGAUUUUCUACAAUAUGAUGAAAAAAAUAGAGAGAUAUCUAUAAUUGGUGUCAUAGUCUCACUUGUGAAGUCUGGCAUUCGAGUCUUCAUUUACAGGUAUGGUAAUAAUUGGAGAUCAAGAUGCAGCAAUCCCAUUUAUCGGGUCUCGGACACUAGUAAAUCAAUUAGCAAAGGAGAUGCGUCUGAAAACAACUGUGCCAUACAGAGCAUGGUUCGAGGGAAAACAGGUUGGUGGAUGGACACAAGUAUAUGGUAAAACCCAGCUAUCUUUUGCCAGCAUAAGAGGAGCUUCACACACAGCUCCGUCAACGCAACCAGCGAGAUCAUUUUCACUGUUUAAGGCAUUUCUCGCUGGAAAACCACUGCCAAAUGCUUGAACUUAUCCAAAUCAUGAAUAAGAUAAGAAUGUACUGAUAUUAUUGAUCUGCUAAAAGUUGUAUUUGACUAGCAAGGCAUGUAUUGGUGCAAUUGCUUUAAAUAAGAAUUUACUAGUAUUAUUAAUCUGAAA